GGCUAGAGCUACACUUCUGGAAUCCAAGGACACAUACAAAUAUGAAUAUUGUGGUCCAAUCUGUCCUUGUGGCUUUUAUCCUAAUCAAUGGCGUAUGGUGUCAACGUGCAUCAGACUAUUUCAGCUAUCUGCGUGACUGUCCUAAAGAAUGUUUCUGUCCACCUAACUUUCCCAAUGCCCUAUAUUGUGAUGGUCGGAAACUCAAAGAAAUGCCUGUGGUUCCAGCAAGGAUCUGGUACGUGUACCUUCAGAACAAUCUUAUUGAAACACUUUCUGAAAGUUCCUUUAAAAAUGCAAGUCAACUUAAAUGGAUAAACUUAAACAAAAAUAAGAUCUCAAACCAUAACAUCAGCAAAGGUCUGUUUCAGAAAAUGAAUAAUCUGCUCUACUUAUAUCUCGAAGACAAUGACCUUGAAGAAGUACCAUCCCCCUUGCCAAAUAGUCUGGAACAGUUACGUCUGGCCAGGAACAAGAUCUCCAAGAUCCCUAAGGGUACCUUCAGCAACUUGGAGAAUCUUAGCAUGCUCGACUUGCACCACAACAAAUUGGGAGAUUUUGCUUUUGAAGAAAACACCUUCCAAGGAUUGGAGACUCUCGUGCAACUCAACAUGGCAAAAAAUGGCCUCAAGAAAAUGCCCCAGGGCAUCCCUGCUUCAACUCUACAACUCUUCUUGGACAAUAACUCCAUAGAAGCUUUACCGGAAAACUAUUUCAACGACCUGCCUAAACUAACAUUUGUCAGAUUAAACCACAACAAGAUUUCUGACCAAGGAAUUCCUAAAACGGUGUUUAAUGUUUCAUCCAUACUUGACUUGCAGCUGUCUCACAAUCAACUCACCGCGUUUCCACCAUUCCACCUCAAAUUAGAACAUCUGUAUCUCGACCACAACCAAAUCAAAAGAAUUAAUGGAACUCAGAUUUGCCCCACACCUGUCGGCAGCAUUGAUCAAUACCCCCCAAAGGAACUCCUGCCUCGCCUUCGCUACCUCCGUCUUGAUGGAAACGGAAUUAAACCACCUAUUCCACUGAAUGUCAUGAUCUGUUUUAGGCUUCUCUCUGGAAUUGUGAUUUAAAAAUACAAGCACGCGUACCAAACUGCUUGAGAGAAUCAAACAAAAAGCAAGUCUUGCUGGCAAUUGUACUUGCUGUCUGAGAUGAUUCCUGGUUAUGUACCUUCUAAGCUGGAAGAGAGGCUUUGAAAUAAAGCUUUACUCACAAAAAAAUGACAUAGUAAUAGCAGAAUAUUGUGAUGCAUGAAUAGC